AUGGCCGUUGGCGCUGAGAAGCCUGCAAGAUCUCGCGAGGGCUGGGGCCUGUUUAUCUCUGGUCUUCCAGGAGAGGUGGAAGACGAUGACUUGGAGGAAGCCUUCCGACCUUUUGGCACCAUUGUCAGCCUACAUCUACCCUUAAACAGGAUGACGGGCGAAACGAAAGGCUACUGCAUGCUCGAGUAUGCGACCUUUGAAGAAGCCUCUGCGGCUUUGGGGGCCAUGCACGGCAGGGACAUGAAGGGCUCCUGCAUGAAAGUUGCAUGGCUUUGCAAAGAGGACGGAGAUGAUCCCGGCCGGGCAAAGAAACCGGCAAGGUCGCGGUCUCCACGAAAAGAUGCAUAA